AUGACGACCCGUAUUAAUCUCACAGCGAACCCCCACUACCAGAAAUCUGGCACGAAGUCAUACUUGCAUGCCAUGCGCAAGUACCGCUUCAGCCCAACCAAAGGCGGGCCUUACAUAUUCGGCAACACCGUGGUGCAAUCUGGCAGAUCAUUCACAAAUAAGCCUAUUGGAGGCCGUGCUCGCAUGCAGCAGGUGCUCCAAAAGAAAAGUCCCGGCACCGAUCAGGUGGGACAGGUUGGGGCCGACGACGUGCAGAAUGACUCCAUGUAUCUCGCUGAUAUCGAGAUCGGCACACCGGCGCAGAAAGUUAGUCUGGACUUUGACACUGGUUCUGCUGAUCUAUGGGUCUGGUCUACGAAGCUGCCGUUGGAUACUUUGUCACAGAAUAAGAGUCACGCUAUCUUCGACCCGGCCAAGUCGAGUACCUAUCAGGAACAAGAAGGCUCAGUCUGGAAGAUCUCCUAUGGCGAUGGUUCUUCAGCCUCUGGCCUGGUUGGUAACGACAAUGUGAACAUUGGCGGGCUAGUUGUCAAAAACCAGGCCAUUGAAAUAUCCGAUAAACUGUCCACACAAUUUGCACAAGGUGCUGGGGAUGGACUGUUGGGACUUGCCUUUGGUAGCCUCAAUACUGUCAAACCCAAGGCCGUCAGCACACCCGUGGAGAACAUGAUUUCCCAAUCCGACAUUCCCAAGUCGGCACAGCUUUUUACCGCAAAGCUAGGGUCGUGGCGUGACACCGAUGAACCUGAUAAGGGCGAGUCGUUCUAUACCUUUGGCUAUGUCGACCAGGAUACAGUCAAGGCCGCUGAGGCAGAGAUACACUACACAGCUAUUGAUAACAGCCAGGGAUUCUGGAUGUUCGAUUCUGUUUCGGCAACGGUGAAUGGGAAAUCCAUCUCUCGCCCGGGAAACAAGGCUAUCGCUGAUACUGGAACAACUCUGGCCUUGGUUCAUGACGAGACUUGCCAGGCAAUUUAUGAUGCCAUUGAAGGUGCAUUCUACGACGAUGAUAGCCAGGGCUGGAUAUUUCCUUCCGACACAGCUGUCGACAAGCUUCCAGUGAUAUCAUUUGCUGUUGGUGACAAAAGCUUUGUUGUACAAAAGGAAGACUUGGGAUUCGCUCCGGCGAAGGCCGGAUAUUUCUACGGCGGAAUACAGAGUCGUGGGUCUAUGACUAUGGAUGUUCUAGGCGACACCUUUUUAAAGGCCAUAUACGCAGUAUGUCCAUGGAUCUCACUCGUAUUUGAUGUCGGCAAUCUUCGUUUUGGAGCAGUGCAGCGAAAGGAACUUCAUCAAAAUCUUUCCUUGGUUCCAGAGUCUAUUUAG